AUGAAGACCGAGGUGGGGCACUGGCUCGGCCGGCCUGUGCUGCUCAAGUCGGUCGACACGACAAGGUCCGACGACGAGCAAGCGCGCAUGCGGCAGAGGCUCACGGCCGAGAUCCAGUCGAUGGCGCGCAUGGACCACCCCAACAUUGUACAGUUUCUCGGGUUUUACAUCACGCCGAAUCGGGACGUGUGCUGCAUCACGGAGUUUGCCGAGGGCGGGACGCUCCGCCACCUCCUCGACAACCGUAACGUCUUGGAGCGGCUCAC